AGCAGUGCAAUCGUAAGCCUCUUAGAGCAUCAACACAAUCAGUGCAGUGAAGUGUAGUGUGAGUUUUUCAGUGAAAACCGCAAACAAAAAUACCAAACGCAAUCAAUUUGCCAUAAUUUCGAUAAAAGGAUCAAUUCUAAAUAAAAUCCAUUUCGCAAUGCGUUCUUUUACAUUACUCGCUUGUUUGGCGACAAUCGCCGCCGUCAGCGCUGCGCCACAAUUCGGUUAUGGAUAUGGCGCUCAGCCAGCUGCCAGCAGUUUUGUGCCCUCAGCACGCGGUGGUGAGAAAUAUCUGCCACCCGCCACCACAACACCACCACCCAGCGUACACAAGCAGUUCUACUUGAUCUCGGCCCCUGAAGAUACAGAGAAUGCUGGCAAACCCAAACACUUGGUCAUCGGUCGCCCACAGAAGAACUACCGUGUCGUCUUCAUUAAGGCACCAAACUCUGACAACUCCAACCUGAAAUUGUCCGCCGAAUUCGCACCACAAGAGGAGAAGACCGUAAUUUAUGUGCUCACCAAGAAGGAUAACGAACUCACCGCCAACGACUUUGCCACACCAGCACCAACAGUGCCCAGCAAACCCGAAGUAUUCUUCAUCAAAUACAAGACACCCGAGGAAGCUGAGGCAGCACAGAAAGAAAUUCAAGACCAAUACGAUCAAUUGGGCGGCACUAAGGAAUUCUCCGAUGAAGGUACUGCUCCAGUCGCUUCGGUUAUCGGCUCUUUGGAUGGUAUUGCUCCCGAUGGCAGCUACAACUACAGAGCUAUUGCCCCCGCUCCAGAGGAACUCGGCAGCGCGUCCUCCCCACUUAGCCAGUAUCUGCCAGCGGCGUCGCGUCUGUAAGGCAGCGCUCAAGAUGCAGCUUGAAUUGUUAGAAUUGUUUUGUUGUUAUUUGUUAACGCUGCUUUGCGUUACACAUGGCAUACAUGGCCGAAAACUCGUUGAUUAAUUGUUAAUUAUUAAUUUUUUUGUUACUACACUUUAUAUUUUUUAUUUACGAAAAUUAUGCGAUUUAAUAAAAUUAAAUUUAAAAAAUAAUAA